AUGGAUUCUCAAACCCUAUCUCCUUCCCAAUUUGAACCAAAUUAUUCUGCUGUUGUUGGUGUUGUUGAGAAUGGUGAUGGUGAUGAGGAUGUUGUUGAGAAGGGAAACAGGUGCGGUGAUUUUGAUGCAGCGGGAAAAGUUUUCGAGGAAAUGCCAUAUAGAAAUGUUGUGUCUUGGACGACCAUGAUUGUUGGGUGUGCUCAUAAUGGGAAAUCUGAACAAGCUUUAUUGUUGUUUGGUCAGAUGAGGAGAGCACGUGUGGAAUUCGAUCAUGUGGCGUUGGUGGCAGCUUUAUCAGCAUGUGCUGAAUUAGGGGAUCUGAAGUUAGGAAGAUGGGUCCAUUGGUAUGUUCAAAAGAGGCAACAACAACCCUCUGUCCGCUUGAAUAAUGCACUCAUGCACAUGUAUGCAAGUUGUGGAAUUAUUGAUGAAGCUUAUCAAGUGUUUACCAAGAUGUCUCAGAAAACAACUGUGUCUUGGACUAUCAUCAUCAUGGCUUUUGCAAAACAAGGUCUUGGGAAGGAAGCUCUUGAUCUGUUUAAAGAUAUGUUUAGUGAUGAUGUGGGGGAAAAUGGUGUAAAACCUGAUGGAACAAUCUUCAUUGGAGUUCUUUGUGCUUGCAGUCAUGCAGGGUUUGUGGAGGAAUGA